CAACUAAUGAAGCCCGCAAUGAGACAUAUAAUCCUUUUCAACAAGCCAAAGUUGGCCAUAAAGCAGAUAUGAAAGGAACAUUAAUAAAUACUUCAUAUAAAUUAGAGGCCUUAUAUGGUGAAGUAUCUGGAGGGUUAGGUUUUUUUGGUCUAUCGAUAGCAAGUAGAAAGAAAAAGUAUCUCGAUAAAGUCAAAUUAUCCAUAAUGAUGCGAGAUUCAAUUAAUAUAGCUUUAAAGCAAUGGAAGCAUAUUAGUGAUAAAGACAGAAAAUCUCUAGUUCUAUAUAGAUUUACACAAGAUGGUAUAUCAAUCUUAUUCAAUUUUACAAACUUUAUAAAAGCUAUUACUAAAAAUUGA